AUUUAAACCUUAAUCAUUUCGUGUAUGUUACCCAUAUCGGCCAUAUCACAUUAUCACUGCAAUCCAAUGCAUUUAGACAAGUAUACUGAUCAGAAGUGUUGUUUUUUACGCGUUUAAAAAUUAAAUCCAUUCGAAGUAGACAGAAGUUAUUUGUUUUUCCAAAUAUCUAUCCAUAGGCCAUAUUAUCCAAUCAUUUUUACCGACGGUGCGGUAACCUGACGACACGAACAGCAACCGAUUCACGGUUGUAUACCAUUUUGCUAUAAAUAAGUGUCAAAACCUUUGGAGUAUAAAAACAAGUUUUUAGUACUCAAUGAUGUCAUCAAAACCAAAGGUGCUGGUAGUACGUGAUGGUUUUGCAAAAAAAGCCAUCGAUUUGUUACGUACAAGGUGUGAAGUGGAAGUGGCCAAAUGCAGUAACAAGGAUGGAGUGAUAACAACUCAAGAUAUUGUAGAUUGUGCACCGGGCAAGUUUUCCAUUUUCUGUUAUCCUAGGGUUCCAAUAACCGAACAGGUCCUAAAAGCAGCAGGACCCAGUCUUAAAGUGGUCGGUACAACGUCGGUGGGAUACGAUCACGUUGAUUUGAUAUCCAUGAAAAAAUAUGGUGUACGUUUGGGAAAUACUCCGGGUAUUCUGACGGAAACAGUAGCGGAAAUCGCUGUGGGCCUCAUCAUAGCCACCACCAGAAGGUUUUUCGAAGCGAACCGCGCAGUUAAAACAGGUGGAUGGCAAGAAUGGGUUCCCGGGUGGAUGUGUGGUAGGAGCUUAAAAGGCUCGGUCGUGGGCAUCUUAGGUUGUGGCAGCAUCGGCACGUCGAUUGCAGAGAAAUUAAUACAUUUCAAACUGUCCCAACUUUUGUACACCAGUAGAAGUGAAAAACCGGCCGUCAAAGCCCUUGGUGGACAAUUGGUUACUGUGGACGAGUUGAUGGAGCGUAGCGAUUUCGUCGUGGUUGCCGCUGCCUUGAAUGAAGAGACGAAAUUCAUUGUCAGCAGAGAACGAAUCGCCACCAUGAAGUCCAAUGCCAUAUUGGUGAACAUAGGUCGUGGACAGUUGGUUGAUCAAGACGCUCUGGUCGAAGCUCUCAGGGAGAAGAGAAUCCGAGGCGCUGGACUGGACGUAAUGACUCCUGAACCACUGCCAUUGAAUCAUCCACUGAAUGGUCUUGAUAAUGUUUUGCUCCUGCCACACAUCGGCACAUCCACCUCUGAGAUGGAGGAAGAGAUGGCUGUGAUGACCGCCCAGAACAUAUUGGCUGUAUUGGAUGGUAGCCCUAUGCCCAACGAAGUGAUUUUUUAACGUGAUAGCUGUCGUCCGCAACUGUAUGUGCAAGGCAAAAUCAUGUCAUUGAUUAAAACAUUUCAAAAUUACAAAAUAAAAAUACAAUUUAUGAGUUA